AUGUGUGCCUUCAAACAAGCCGGAGCGAAAGCCUAUGGAAGUCUGAACGGAGUGGCCUUGGGACGUCUGGGCACUCUUCUUCACGAGCUUGUGCACGCAUAUCUAGACUACUAUGCCUGCCACUGCGAAGAGAUCUUAGACUCAUACGAGACAAACGUCAUGCAAUUAAGGGGACAUGGAUAUGCGUGGCAGCGGAUAGCGAGUUCGAUAGAACGUGCCGCCCCAGAAAUCCUUGGUUAUCCGAUAGAGUUGCAUAGGUUCAGGACCAUUAAGCGGGAGUUGAACUGGAAAGAGCUCAAACAUUGGCCAAGCCAAGAGGAAGUCGAAAGCUGGCAGUUGGUGGACAGGGUGGACGGCAGAACUGAAGAGGAUUCGGAUAAUGAGUCGACCCUGAGUAGCCCGCCAGACUCAGACCUUGAGAUGAUGGACCCCGUCAGCAGGGCGAACGACCGUCCCUCGCGAAAAGACUUCAAGUUCGAGCGCGAAGCCCAGAAGGAAAAAGGCGUAGAGAAGUAG